CUCUUGUGUCGUCCACCCGCCACAUAUAACUAGGUACAUCAACCUUCUGAUCAUGACUUUGAUAUAGGAACGAGCAUCUUUGAUACUUUGGAUGUGGACGCGGAUACGAUCUACCCCAAACCAGGAACGUUACGCUUAGCAAGUACGCACAAAAGCAAAAAAGAUGCCAGCGCCUGACAACAUCUAUGAGAGCGAUGUGGAUUUCACGACGCUGGCGCUGCAAUAUCCCGAUUUCGCCAAAAGGCUCAAACCCAACCGCCAACUCGACUUCUCCGACCCAGAGAGUGUCAGACAAUUAACCAAAUGCCUCCUUCAUCGAGACUUUGAUCUCACCGUCGACUUGCCCGAAGAUAGGCUAUGUCCUCCUGUCCCGAAUAGGUUCAACUACAUACUCUUCAUCCAGCGUCUGCUGGACAGCACAUCUCCGUCUUUCCACAUGGGAUUCGAUCCCGACAGGCAGGUGAUUGGACUCGAUAUCGGCACUGGCGCGUCUGCAAUAUACCCGCUCCUCGCUUGCCGGCAACGCCCGCAAUGGCGCUUCCUGGCAACAGAGAUCGACGAGAAGAACCGCGAGUACGCGCAGAGAAAUAUCCUGGCCAACAAGUUGCAGGCACGCAUUAGGCUGAUCGACACGGACGUCAAAGGAGACCGGUUGAUCCCCACAGACCAGCUUGAGAGGUUUGACCGGGUCGACAUCCUCAUCACAAACCCGCCGUUCUACCCUUCGACCGAAUCCCUCCUCGAUUCCGUCCGGCAAAAGUCCCGCCCGCCGAAUUCCAGCUGUACCGGCUCCGCCGUGGAGAUGAUCACGCCGGGCGGCGAAGUCGGCUUCGUCUCCAAACUCGUCGCCGAAUCACGCCUCCGAGCCAACAAGAGCAAGAUCCAAUGGUUCAGCGCCAUGCUGGGCAAGCUGUCGAGCGUGGGCACCGUCGUGGAGCGGCUCCGGGAGAGCGGGUGCGCGAACUACGCGGUGGCCGAGUUCGUCCAGGGCCAGCGGACGCGGCGGUGGUGCGUCGCCUGGAGCUGGAUGGGGUACAGGCCUGCCGCCGACGUGGCGCGGUCGGUGGGCGGCGGGAGCGGCGUCGAGAAGAAACUGCUCCCCACGAUCACGGAGGUGGAGUUCGAGGCCGAGUCGCGCGGCGCAGGUGUCGAGGCCGUGCUCGACAGGAUCGGCGCGGAGAUCAAGCGCCUCGACGGGGUGCUGUGGAAGAUUGAUCACGGCGGGGGUGUCGGCAUGUUCAUGUCCAGGGACGGAGACGUGUGGAGUCGCAAGGCAAGGAGAAGGAAGAAGGCCGAGGGCGAACUUGGCCACGGACGCGAAACUCGCCCGACUCGGGCCGCCGACCAGAAGGCAAGAGAACGCAAACAUGACGCAGACACCGAUAUGAAGGAUGAUAAUGGUUCCUCCGACUCCAAUUCAUCAGAUGAAGAAACCGCGCCUGAACCGGCCCUCGUCGUUCGGAUUUCCAUCACGCCCUCCCCGUCUCCGCCUCGUUCUGAUCCCCCUCCUCCCUCCAGAAGCAGCGUCGACACAAACAUCCCAAUCCAAAGCCGGACCGGAACCGUAUCCAAUACAGCGACGACCGACAAGAUCCCAAUAAUGCGGAUCCACAUGCGCCAUCUCCAGGGCCGGGACCCCGUCCUCUUCGAGAGCUUCUGCGGCUGGCUCAAGCGGAAGAUGGCGGCACCGCUGCCACGGCCAUUAUCGUCGUCGUCGUCGUGACGCCUUUGAUAUCCUUUUCUUUUGCGACAGGAAAUAGAAUAGGAAAAUGGAGACGAUAAGGGAAGGCGAGGGGAUGGGUGGUGUUUGAGCCCUUGCUCUUGCCCUCACGUAUAGUCUUAGUCUGGGCUGCUUGUUUGUUUGUUUGUUUGUUUGGGUUCGUGAUUGGGAUGACAAAUAGCUAGACAGCCAGGGCGAUAGACAAGCAGACAAGCAGACAAGCAGACAAGC